GCCAAAGAAGAAGCAGCAAAAAUUUCGACACCACUUUGACUUCAUAAAAAUCGCGCAGGUGAAAUUUUCCCAAAAAUAAUCCCCGUAAUCCGGGUGUUACGUCGUCGGAUAGUGAUCCGUAGCGGGUGCGAAAAUCAAGUUCAUCACUCGGCGGUUGUGAAGAAAGUGGAAUUUCGCGCUUCUGAGCAGUGAGGAUUGCAGGAAGUUACCUUCCCCGUCGCUCUCUCAUUCAUUCAAGGACAACGGUGGAGGGGUCGGAGAGAAGCUGAAGAGCCUCUGGUUUCGUUUUCGGUCGUGGUCGGUGGUGAUUUGGAACGCGAAAGGAGUGCAAAUUUUUGGAUUGUUUUGAUAGAAGAAGCGAAGAAAUCGUAGUGCUAGUGUUUCUGGUUUGAUGGUGGCAGAAAAUCCGGUUUUCGAUCGCUACUAACUACUAGCGUUAACCGCAACAGCAGCAGGAGGAAAGGAGAAUGUCACUUCCUGUUUUGCUCAGGCAGAGCAGAAAUAAUCAUCAGCUGAAAAAGAUCAGCGUGUAAAUAAAUAAAUACGGGGGGUGGGAAAACGGGUGAUUGUGAAGAUUCCAGAACAAUGGAAGGCGACAUCUGUCGGGUUUGCCGCUGCGAGGCGCAAUCCGAUCGGCCACUGUUUCACCCGUGCAUCUGCACCGGAAGCAUCAAGUGGAUCCACCAGGACUGUUUGAUGCAAUGGAUGCGCUACUCGAGGAAGGAAUACUGCGAACUGUGCGGGCACCGGUUCUCGUUUACGCCCAUCUAUUCGCCGGAUAUGCCGCGGGUGCUUCCGCUGAAGUACGUCGCCGGAGGAUUGCUGAGCUCGAUUGGGACGGCGGUGAAGUACUGGAUCCACUACAGUAUGGUGGCGGUGGCGUGGCUCGGUGUGGUUCCGCUGACGGCGUACCGAACGUAUCGUUUCCUGUUUUCCGGUUCGAUCGAUAUGCUGCUGACCCUGCCGAUCGAUAUGUUCUCGACGGAAAAUAUUGCGAUCGACGUAUUCCGGGGAUGCUUCGUGGCGACCUGUACGCUGUUUACGUUCGUGGGCUUGGUGUGGCUGCGGGAGCAGAUCAUACAUGGCGGAGGACCGGAUUGGCUGGAACGGGACGAUCCUCCUCCGGCUGUCCAGGCCGACGCCAACGGGCACGAGGAACGCCCGAAUCAGGAUAACAACGGACCGGAAGCGAACGACGAUAAUAAUAAUAACAACAACAACAACAAUGAUGACAACAAUAACGAAGAGGAGCACAACAAUAAUAAUAAUAACAACUUUGUGGAUAACAAUUUGGUUAACUUGCAAGAUCGGGAUCGCCCUCAGGAGCCACCGAUAGCAGCAGCAGCAGCAGAACCCCCAGCAGUCGCAGCACCAGCUCCGCCGGCACCGAUUCCAGUGCCCGCUCCUGCCGCAGCACCUCGCCUGCCGCUGGAAGCUCCCGCUCCGGACAAUGUGCCGAUCGACCCGGCGGAACCACCCCCGCCGGCAGCUGCGGUCGAUGCCGACGCCGACCCGGAAGUGGUAAAUGAACCGGCAGAAGGCGCUGCCGACGAAGCCAACUGGAAUCCGAUGGAGUGGGAACGUGCCGCCGAAGAGCUGACCUGGGAGCGAUUGCUUGGCCUGGACGGAUCCAUGGUCUUUCUGGAGCACGUCUUCUGGGUCGUUUCGCUCAACACCCUGUUCAUCUUCAUCUUUGCCUUCUGUCCGUACUCGAUUGGAAACUUUCUGAUUUCCUUCCUCGGGAUUAUCACGCCCGGCAAACCGCUGCUGCACUUUCACGGCCUGUUGACGACGCUGGUGGGCUAUUGCGUGAUCGGGAUCACCCUUAUCAAACUGCACGCCAUAGCCCGGUUCCUGCGCUGGCGCCGUCAGCGCCGGAUUCUCGGCCUGUGCUACAUUGUGGUGAAGGUUUCGCUCCUGUCGGUGGUGGAAAUCGGAGUGCUUCCAUUGGUGUGCGGAUGGUGGUUGGAUAUUUGCUCCCUACCGAUGUUCGAUGCCACCCUGAAGGAUCGAAAGGCCAGCUUUAAGGCAGCCCCUGGAACAUCACUCUUCAUUCACUGGAUGUUCGGAAUGGUCUACGUGUACUACUUUGCUUCGUUCAUCGUGCUGCUGCGGGAGGUGCUGCGGCCCGGAGUAUUGUGGUUCCUGCGCAAUCUGAACGAUCCGGAUUUCAGUCCCAUUCAGGAAAUGAUUCACCUAUCGAUCCUGCGUCACGCCCGGCGACUGAUCGCCUCGGCGAUCAUCUUCGGCUCUGCCGUCCUGCUUAUGCUGUGGGCACCUAUCCAGAUUCUGAAAUCCGGUUGGCCCACGUUCCUACCGUACACCCUGUCCGGCGAUUCCGAAGUCAACGAACUGAGCCUGCAGCUGCUGCUACUGCAGAUCAUCCUGCCGGGCUUCUUCGAGCAGUCACACACCCGCAUCUGGCUGAAGGGCCUGGUACGCAUCUGGUGCAACGUAGUGGCCCGUAUCCUCGGCAUCAAGAGUUACCUGCUCGGAUCGGAACCCCGUCCGAACGAAGACGACGUGCCGCCCCGCCAGCAGCCGGAUCUCGGAGCAGGCCUGGCCGCCGCUCACCAGGCGAUCAUGCAGCGUGACGUCCCCGUCGGAUUCCAACCGUACGAUCGUCCACCGUUGUUCGCCGUUCGACUGAUCGGACUGUUGGUGCUGAUGUGUAUCAGUUUGGUGAUUGGAUCGCUAACGACGCUCACCAUCCCGGUGUGGAUCGGUCGUCACGGAAUGGCCCUGUGGUCGAUGGGAUCGCAAAUAACGCCUCCGCCCAAUGCGGUACCGACUGGAGCGGAAACUCCUCCCAGACCACACGAGCUGUAUACGGCAGCAAUGGGAACCUAUCUGUGUUGGGUCAUCUCGCGAGGAAUCGCCGUUGCGGUCAAUCUGUUCCCACAGGGCCGUGCCGUCGUGAUGGAACGGGUCAAGCAUUGGAUUUCCGUGGCGACUUCCUACGCACUGGCCGCCAUCAUUUUCGUACUUAUGCUAGGAGUGAUUCCGCUGAUGUUCGGAUUGCUGCUUGAGCUUGUCGUGGUCGUUCCGUUGCGUGUUCCGCUGGAACAAACACCAGUACUGUUCCUAUGGCAAGAUUGGGCCCUGGGAGUGCUGUACACCAAGAUCGCAUGCGCUCUCACACUUAUGGGACCGGAUUGGGCACUGAAACGGGCCAUCGAACAAGCCUACCGAGACGGACUCCGGGAUAUGAACCUGCGGUUUAUAAUUCGUGAACUAGGAGCCCCAGUCAUUACGUGCUUCGGCCUUGGUCUGGCCAUUCCGUACGUGAUCGCCCACUCGAUUCUACCGAUAUUCUUUACCAACCAGGUGACGAGGAUACUGAUCGCUCGGCAGAUUUAUCCGUUCUUUUUGCUGAUCGCGUUCAUCAUCGUGAUCGUGAUCCUGCAGAUCCGUCAGUUCAAGAAACUGUACGUGGCGAUCAAGAACGAUAAAUAUCUGGUGGGACAGCGGCUGGUCAACUAUGACCAUCAACGGAAGAAAGCGGCACAACAAGCGGCGGCGGCAGCAGCGGCCAUUGCCCAACAACAGCAACAACAACAACAACAACAACAGCAGCAGCAGCAGCAGGCACCACAUGUUCAGCCGCCGCAACAGGAGCAACAACAAGACCAACCUCUAGAUGAAGUUGACGGCCGGGAGUUGCCGGAUCCAGGAGCUGCUGCUGUUGCCGCAGCCCAAGCCGUGCAGUAAUCCGGGCUGACUGACAGGGUUGGAGAUCGGAAUCACAAUCACCUAUAUAAUGGAAUCUACUGUGGAUCGUAAAUGUGUUACACGCGCAUGGUCUCGUCGUUGGAGCAGCAUAGCAGACAUGAAGAUAUUAAAAUCUAACGGAUGAUGCAACUACGUCUCGGAAAUUGUCAAAUUACGCGGCACGUGAACAAGAAUGCGCAAGUGCAAAAAGGAAAGAAAAAACACGAAGUAUAUAGGUUCUUUUUUGUUGUAUUUUUAUUAUUAUUUUUAAUCAUAUUUGGGAAUUGUGUAUCAUAGCAGGAACAAAAUUGAAGAAUAAAAAAAAAGCAAGACAAAAAAUCCAGUCGAAAAUUAUUAAAAAAAACACACAAAAAAAUAAAACAGAAACUAAAGAUACUGUUGUUAUAGUAGUCAUAAAUAGUGAGUUUAAUCAUUAAUUUAAUAAAUGAUCAAUGAAGACGUGAAUCAAGAGUGGACGAAAAGCUAAUUAUUAAGGUGUAUUUAUACUGGAACACACACACACACACUACUAAUUGUGGGAGCUGAUGAAUGGAUACCGUAGAUUUCCUGUCGGAACAGAUUGAGAAACAGAAGAACUCAUAGAAAUACUAGUAGAUAUAAAAUAGGCAAAUUGUACACUAUCAAAAUUGUUGUUUUAAUUACUACCUAACACAGAAGAUGCAAAAUUUAUAAAUUCUCCGAUUUUAGAUGAUUACCCAAAUUUGAACAUCCAACACAAAACAGAAGCGAUAAUUUCUCCAAUUGAAUUUCAUCGCAUAUAAAUAGGCAAAUGAGUCACAGGAAUAAUAAAAAAAUGAAAGAAACCAAGCAGAAACCGAUAAAGAA